UUCCAAACUGAUCCGUUUCUCCUCAGGGGCAAUGACUGCCUCCAUUAAUGAUUCACGGGCUCAAAUAAAAGGGAUUUAAGUUGACGUUGCGUCACGUGAGCGGGGCGCAUAAUACUGCGCUGUGUUAUGGCACGGGGAAGAAAACCGGAGCCCCGGUCUAGCCAUAUGAUGCUGAUUAUAUGCGGGUUACCCCCACUUUCCGUGAGGGGAGUCCGGGCUUUGUAGUUUUUUAUCGAAGGGAGAAAAAGAAAGAGGGAGAGAGGCAGACACAGAGAGAGAGGAUCCCGGUUUUGUGGAUGGUAUUAUACUCCUGUCACGGACGGAUAUGUUUUUCCACGCGGACAGAGUCAGAGCCCAUGCUUUGGGAGGAUGGAUUUUAUUUUGAGAAUUCCAACGAAGUAAACCCAGGCCAUCGCACGGUCUUCGAGACACUCUGUUCUGCCUUCGGUUCACCCGAGGAGGCCAUUGGCGGAGAGGCGUCACGUGACCACGGGGUGCCAAUGUUAUUCUACAAGGGUGUCAAGACCCUGUCAGUUUCUGAAAUAAAUAUUGGGAAACGGCGAGAUGCAAAAGGCAACCUACUACGACAGCUCCGCAAUUUACAGUGGCUACCCGUAUCAAAGCGCAAAUGGUUUCAGUUAUGAUGCCAAUCAGGUCCAAUAUCCCCGGGCCUCUCAUGUGGAAAGUGAGUACCAUCGACCUGCCUGCUCCCUGCAGUCUCCUGACGGCUCCGUGGCCCUGCAGAAGCCGGGGGAGAUGGCGGAGAGCUGCGACAGGACCACAGCCAUUCAGGCGGCGCAGUCCACAGUUCAUCCCGAAAGCAAUCAACCGCAGGUGCCGGUGUCAGGCCCACCCCCUCCUCCACAAUCACCCGGUGCUAUCAGCCAAAACACGAGCAACGGGGCCAGCCAGCCCAGUGCUAAGAAUGGUUCCCCGACGUCCACAACUCGCAGCAAGCAGAUCUUCCCCUGGAUGAAGGAAUCCCGUCAGAACACCAAGCAGAAACCCGCCAGUAGCUCCAGCUCAGUGGAGAGUUGCCCCGGAGACAAGAGCCCUCCGGGGUCAGCAGCAUCGAAGAGGGCCCGGACAGCUUACACCAGCGCCCAGCUCGUGGAGCUGGAGAAGGAGUUCCACUUUAAUCGGUACCUCUGUCGGCCCCGGAGAGUAGAGAUGGCCAACCUGCUCAACCUCACAGAGAGGCAGAUCAAAAUUUGGUUCCAGAACCGCAGGAUGAAGUACAAGAAGGAUCAGAAAGGCGUCGGGAUGAUGCCUUCCCCCGGUGGGCAGUCCCCUCGGAGUCCAGUGGGGCCGGCCUCCGGUGGCGGUGGAGGAGGAGGGGGAGGAGGUGGCGGAGGAUACCUCAACUCUAUGCAUUCUCUUGUAAACAGUGUACCUUAUGAAUCCCAGUCGCCGACGUCUUACAAUAAACCCCAUCAAAAUGCAUACGGUAUGGCCACGUCAUAUCCCCCUCCUUUGAACAGCUCCCUCAACAACUGCCCGCCCUCCCAGAAGAGGUAUCCUGGGACCGACUCGGCCACGCCCGAGUAUGACGCGCAUCCUCUCCAAGGCAAUGGCAACUACGGGACGCACAUGCAGGGCAGCCCCGUUUAUGUCGGCGGUGGCUACAUCGACUCCAUGCCCAGUUCUGGGGCCUCCGUUUUCGGUCUGACCCACCUCCCGCACCCGCCGUCCGCAAACAUGGACUACAAUGGAGCAAUCACAAUGGGCAACAGUCACCAUCACGGAGUGUGUGAUCCGACCCCGACGUACACAGACCUAACGCCGCACUACUCUCAGGGAAGAAUCCAGGAAGCGCCCAAACUGACGCAUCUGUAGCGGUGGCGCAGCCCGGAUCACUCCGCCCAUUGUCUUGUCCACCUCCAGACACAUUACUGCUUUGUUUCUGCGCCUCCUCAUGGCUUCCACCUUCCCUCUGCUUUUGUUUAUGUUUUCUAUAGUUUGAUGUGUGAAGUAGCGUAGGAAAAAUAAUCACUACUUGCUUGAAUUUUUCUCUAUUUGCUCGUGUCAUUGUCCCACAAAGACCUUUAUCUGGGCUAUAGGACGUCAAGCGCGGGAGGGGGGAGGGGAGGGGGGCACAUUAUAUGCAUAGGCCUAUUUAAUCUUUUUUUUUUUUUUUUUUUUUUUUUUUUUUCUUGUUUUGACAUCGAAAAUCAAACAGGGUAUUAUGAACAAAUCUUAUGGUAUUGUUUUGUUAAUGUGAAUUUGUCCGUCUUUUAUUUAUCCGCAUUUGAAGAACUGUGUUUUGCAUUUUGUUUGCACUUGAAAGGAUCCUCAAGAGCCACGAGUUGGAGUUAUGAGGGAAAUACAUUUUCAGAAGCAGGGUCUUGAGCUUACACGCAGCCUCCCUUGCUUGUGUUGUUCUGUUGGACUUAAUGUUAUUUAUUUUGUUCGGUGCAAAUAUAAGAGUCCUUUAGUAUUAUUUGACAUCCCUGCGCUCUUUGUGUGGGAAGAAGGGCGGUGGAAAUUAGCGUCUCGGCCCUUUCCAGCCCAUAAUUGUAGUCUGCAUAAGCUCCUCAGCAGGACACUGCUAUAUGUUGCUAUUAUGGUUUCCUUUUUUUCUUCUUCUUCUUCGAGGAGGUGUUUUAUUUUCUCAACGAAUGUAAAAUCAAUCAAUCAUGCAAUAAGGGUGGAAAGAAGGACACACGUUACCAGUUUCUUUAUUGAAGAAAAAAGAAACAGAUAUCAUUUUUUUUUCAAUGUCAUACAUUCCAUGCUGCUCCAGUUCGAAGAAAGAAAUAAAUGAAUUGAAAUAUAAUUACAGUAUAUCCUUCGGUUUUAAUUUUGACGCAUCCCAGAAACAUU